AUGAACAAGCCACCAUCCUCGACCCCCAACACUGACAGUCUUGUUCGACGACUUGCCGGUGCAUCCGUUAAUAAAGCAGGGCAAGACCAGACCGAGAUCAACCGCAUCAUCGCCGAGGUCUCGAAAGGCUCCAAGUUUUACGAGAACGAGAAGCGCAAAGACAAGGAGUUGACGGAACGGAUUGAGCGCAUACUGAAGCUGCGUGAUGAGGUGGUGAAAGGCGUUGACCUUGCCAAGGUGGAGGAGAGCGUCGAUAAGAUAAUCGCUCAGCUGGAAGCCCGGCGGGAUUUAUCUCAAUAUGUUGUUCAUGUCGACAUGGACGCCUUCUAUGCAAGCGUCGAACUCUUAGACAAACCCGAGCUGGCAUCGAAACCAUUCUGUGUCGGAGGCGGGGUCCUCUGUACUGCAUCGUAUGAAGCACGCAAGUACGGGGUUCGCUCGGGAAUGGCUUCAUUCGUCGCCAAGAAACUCUGCCCCGAUCUUAUCCUCUUGCCUAUGCAUUUCGAUCGGUAUAGCGCCCUUUCCAAGCAGUGUAUGGACAUCUUCCGCCGGUACGAUCCGAACCUGGCUGUAAUAGGCUGCGAUGAAGGUUACCUCAACAUCACGCAAUACUGCGAGGAGCGUUCAAUUUCUCCGGAAGACUGCGUGAAGGAGAUGCGCCGAGUCGUAUGCGAAGAGACGAAGUUGACCGCUAGCGCGGGCAUUGCGCCGAAUCGCAACAAGCCCGAUGGACAGUUCAUGCUCGAGUUCCAGUCGGCCGUCAUCAAAUCCUUCAUGCGAGACAUGCCUAUUCGGAAGCUCCCAGGAGUAGGGCGUGUCAAUGAAAGGUUAUUGGAUUCUAUAGGUAUCAAGACUUGUGGGGACAUCUUCACCCAGCGAGCUGUUUUGUCCCUCAUGGACAAGCAGUUCGGCUUACACUAUCUCCUGCAAACCUACCUCGGGAUUGCCUCCAACGUCGUUGAGCCCUGGCAAAGAGAGGAGCGCAAGAGCAUUGGGGCUGAACGGACGUUUCAUCCAAUAUCUGACAUCACCAAGAUUUACGCGAAGUUGCAGGACGUAGCUGCGGAGCUCGCGAAGGAUAUGACGGAGGAUGGCUGGACAGGAAAGACAGUCACAUUGAAAUACAAGCUUGAUACAUAUCAAGUAUACACGCGUGCGAAGUCCUUGACCACCUGGGUCUCAAGGAAGCAAGAAGACCUCUUCGCGAUCGGAAAAGAGCUUCUUAAGCCAGAGCUUCCUUUGACACUUCGACUGAUUGGCCUGCGAGUAACGAAGCUCAGGGACCUCAACGCAGAAGAAGAGUCGAAAGCGCGUGGGAUCAAACGCUUCUUCAAUUCUGCGCCAACCGAUAGUCCUUCUCCCAAGAAAAAGCGACGCCUAGCGCACACUGAGGAACAUCAGUGCUGUGAAGAGGUCCCUCAACUGUCGCAAGACGGUUUCGUCACGUCUAUGCCCAACUACGUUGACGACACUGAAGCAGAUCUUGCCGCCGAGGAAGAGGAAGAAGCCGAGGACGCGCACGAGUAUGACUCGCGGCGAGCCGGUCGUCACAAGCCUGCUUCAUCGUCUACUCUCAGUAUAUCCAUAGACAACCGCGAGAUACCUCCACGAUCCUCUGGGUCUGGGCCAUCCACGAAGCCAUCGUCGGGUACCGCAUCCAAACCCGCGUCCACCUCCGCGGGAGAACGUACCACGGGUACACUGAAACCACACCAGGACAGUCAUGCCGGCGAAGACUUGCCACUACUUGAAUGUCCCCUCUGCGGCAAGUUACUCGAGACGGACAACCAAGGGCUCAACGAACACAUCGACUUCUGUCUGAGCAGACAGGCGAUCAAGGAGGCACAGACGGCGUCGCUCAAGGCUUCUAGCUCGAAACCGAUCUCCUCUGGACCGAAGAAGUCCAGAAAUAAGCCCGCGUCGGCGUCAGGGAGGGGCAAGAACGGGGAUGGCUUGCUACGCUUUCAGAGUGGUCCAUAG